CUCAAGAAUCUUAUCAACUGUUGCUGUCGUCGCAAAGGAUUUCUGGGGACUCUAACCAAGAGUUUGGGCCCCUGUAUGCUGAGAGCCCUGCGCGACGACGAUACCUGUCAACAGAUCCUGUGCGCGAUGUUGGAGCUGAAUGUGGUCGACAGCGUCGAUAUGCAGCAACAGAUCAUCACAACCCUUCAGAGCACACCAACAGGAAAAUCACAUUACUUUGAUCUCUGCCAAAGACAACUACAUCUUAAAGAAUUGCAACAGAAGGGUGGGCCCAGAAAGUUGACGCUUCCGUCGCGAUCUACUGAUGCGGACGUAACUAAACUGUUGAGUUGCGGAUCAUUCGGAAACCUGGAGUGUCUAUCACUAGCCUUUACUCAAGUGACCAGUGCUUGUGCUGAACAGCUAAUUAAAUUGCCUUCACUUAGAUAUCUUAAUCUAUGGUCA